AUCGACGAAAACUGCUCACGACACCGUUGUCAGUAAUGUUAAAAAGAAUAAAGCGAAGGCAGAAAACACUGCCACAAUCCAGGGGCACACCGAAGGUGAUUUCGCAACAGCAAUUCGAAAAGCGAACGCCGCUCGAAAGGCAGCCACUCCAAAAAAGGAAACGUUGAAAAAGGAGACGCCGAAAAAGGAGGCACCAACUGAUGUCAUCGACUUUGAUUUAGACGCAUGUGUGAACAAUGUAGCCGUGAAGCAGGAAACGGUUGCAGACAACCAAAAGAUUGUGGUUGAAGAAUACACACCAAGGGAGCUACGAACUCGCAGUAUCGAGACUCGGUCCAUGGCCACAAAGAACUCUGACAAGAUCGCAUCAGAAAAGCCAGUUCACGAAAAAGAGAAGCAAACACCAAAGAAACCGAAACGAAACUACAAACGCAAAAGUACACCAGUCAAAGUCAACAAUGAAAUGGAGCCAAAGAGUGAUGCGAAUGUUGGUCUCGAUAUCUCACCCGACAGCACAACGUUUGCGAUACCAAUUGAUUGAGAUCGAUUGAAUCCCACGUUCGAGCUGCACUUUCAUUUGAAAUGUUUGAAAAUUGGUCGCGAUUUACGGUAGAUUAGCAGAUAAGCUGGUUGAUACGGUUAUUUAUUGUGAUUUCGGUGCAGUUGGAAGAGUUUGUCCCGCGUAAACGGGAUAUCUCGGAGCGAAUUGAUCCUGACCACCAGCAAAUCGAGUGUGUUGAGAAUCGUUCUUAUCAACAAUAUUGGCACGGUAUUCUGACUCAGCAUACGAUGAUGGUGCUGUUUGGAAAAUAAAGUGAAUUAUUCGAUUGAAUAGGUGAAAAAUGUGAAAAUAUCGAAUGAAAAUUCAACAGAAAUCGAAUAAAACUUACGAAUCGAUUGAUACAAAUUCUAUCCGGCCGUAUUCGAAUCACCUGGUGAACUAGCUGGAGAGACUGGCUGAGUAGGUGCCUGUGAUGGAUCUUGAACUGGUUGAGAUGGUUGCUGCUGUGGAACAUCUGUAUACGAUGCCGUGUUCGGCAAAUGUGUCGUUGCCAACGAAACGGUGACCAAGGUGAUUGGUAAUUUUCCUUCCAAAUCGCGAUGAGCGCCAGACACAUUCAACUCAAUCUAUAUUCAAAUUGAUAAAACAUAUAAUUGAAUACGGAUUUUUUCUUGUUUUUCACGGCCAUUUUUAGAAUAUAAUUUUCAUAGAUUCGUCGUUGACUCCAUAUAAUUCAGCUAUGAAUUCUUCGAAUAUGUGCCCUUCAACAUCGAAGCAUAUGUCAAAUGUCAGACUCUCACAACACGGAAAACCACAAUCGAGUGGAUAUCGACCAAAUGUUGUGAUGGCUGAGAACCAGAAGAAGAGCUACAACUACAUGGCCAGUCCCAACUAUUUGCAAUAUGAAAACACCUAUCAGAAGUAUAAAAAUAUUUGCCAUAACAAAGACGUGACCAAUUUCCGGGAGAGCAAUUUGAACCAUGACCAACGAAUGGUCGAAUAUCGCAACCAUGAAGAUGCAGGGUACGCUCCAAACGAUCGUUAUGGAGAUGUUGAAGUUAAAACGGAAAAUAAUAUGCAAUCAUCUGACGAUGAAGGUGGCUUUAGGCAAAAUAUUCACUACCAAAAGAAUCAAUUCAAUCAUCUCAAUGGUGUAAACGUAUGCAAUGGUACUAAUGGGGAAAUGGGGUACAAUUUUAAAGAAAUGGAGCCCCUUUUACACGGAGGCAACAUUCAUGAUCCAAUGCAAAUAACAAACAACCGGCAAAAAUACGAACCACCACAUUAUGCAAACCCCCAUGCAAUGUCAAUGCAAAGUUCGCAGAAAUCUUCGGAAAAUCAAGUAACGAACCAUUGCCAUAACAACAGAUUCAAUCAUCAUCAUCACCAUCAUCAUCAGCAACAGCAGCAACAAUUUCAACAUGUAAAUUCACCAUAUCGAAAGGUACCUCCCAUACCUUCCAUGCAACCUUACACAAAACCACUACCAAAGCUCCCGACAAAUAUAGAUGAAGGGCCUGAAUCGUCAACUGAAGAUAUAAGUAGGCCAUAUUCACCAAGUUUGAGUUCAUCAAACGAAGAUAUUCUGAAACCAACGGCCAGAAUCGGUGAUCUUGGAGACUGUGACUUAGCAGAAAAUCGAAUGAACGUAAAAAAUGAUUGGCUUUUGAGAUCAGCUAUAAAUGCGGAAUCCAACUAUCCACAAUAUCCUCAACAAUUCGGUGCUGGUUCAAAGCUUCACUCCAUCGAUUUGGCAUAUCUAAAAAACCUUGAUCUAAGUUCCACGACCGAAAGCCCAUCUACACUAGCAGCGACUAACAGAGAAGUCGAGUCCAGCACAAGUUUCGAAUAUCAAGAGAACAAUUUAAUACGAUCACCGUUUCAACGGGAAAUACAACGUCUUCUCGAUUCAUCGGCGUCGAAAGUUACAAUCACCGGAAACCGAUCAUCAAUCGAUGCACAAAACUACAAUGCAACAAAACUAAAUGCACAACAUAUAAACAAUGAUAUACGCCAAUGGUACACAUUCGAACAUUGAACUUGAAGCGGCCCAAAUGCUGUUGGGUGGAGGAAAUUCUGCUAUCGUCAAUGGAAAGCAUCCGGUUGGACUGGAAGUCAUCAAAGAGAUAGCAAAGAAUACAGCCAACUCAGAUUCCAGUCAAAUGCAAAUUUCCGACACGGAAUCCCAUACGGGCAUACUCAAGGAUGUCAUCGAAAGCCGCAUAAUGAACGAUCGCAAGAACACAUUUUCAAUAAAUGGUGACCAUCGAAUGUUCGAGAAGCAGAAUUUCAGCGUUGAGGAGAACGACGAUGAUGGUGACAUUGAAGGAAUGGAUAGAUCCCAUAUUGUCAAUUCAAAAACAAUUAAUGAUAUCCUAAAGUAUGAUGCACACCAGUCAGCCGAUUUGAAUCCCAUCGAAACACAGUCUGAAUGGAGCGAUGAAGAUGAAAGGGACGAUGAUGAAGCUAAAGGUGGUGCUGAAAAUACAGGCUACAUCACUGACGAGGCCGG